UUUUGCCAGUGAUCUUCACUCCAUCACAGUCAGAUAAUGCUUUGCUUUAUAUUCGUUGUAUUGUUGGGCUUAAGCCUGGGAGAUAAUGCUGCAGCCCAGGAUUUGCGACGUGUGGAUGACACGGAGCUAAUUCAACUUCUGACCGGCAACAGCAAUGUGGUCGUCCUAUUUAACAAAAACAAUUGCCAGCGCUGUUUGGAAUACGAAAAUGUGGUCACCAAGAUUUAUCCCCAACUGCAGGAGACUCUGUCGGCCAUUGUGGUGCAGUCGGUGGACAGCAAUCUGGUUUCCAUUUACGAUCCCAGCAAGGAACCCGCUCUGGUCUUUUUCAGGCGAGGAAUACCCAUCUUGUACCAUGGCGAGGUGAACGAUGACGAAAUCCUAGACUUUUUCAAUGACAAUUUGGAGCCAGCUGUGAAAGAGCUUUCCGAUGACAACUUUGAGCACCUGACUCAGGCCUCAUCGGGGGCCACCACCGGGGACUGGUUUGUCUUCUUCUAUUCCGCCGAGUGUACCGUCUGUCAGCGACUUUAUGCCGUCUGGGAAUCUGUGGGCGGAAAGCUGAAGCGAAAGUUGAACAUUGCACGAAUGAACAGCGCGGAAUCGGGGCUCUCGACGGCCAAGAGACUGGGAGCUUUGGAAUCGCCGGCUUUUAUUUUCUUGAGGCAGGGAAAGAUGUACCGGUAUUUGGCCAAACAAUACAGUCCCGAAGCCUUUGUCCAAUUUGCUGAGAAGGGAUACUUAACCCAGAGCCAUCCGCAGCCAGUACCACAAAUACCCAGUGCCGUGGAUUUGUGAGAAACUGAAACAUGUCUUAAAACGAAUUUUUGGGCCCACUCCAAAGUUAUUUCAAAUCUGAAAAUAUUACAUCGCUGGCGUCUUUGGGAAUUUUUGCAUUGGUCGCAGUUUUUUAUCUCACAAAAAAGAUAGCCAAAGUAUUCAGUUCAGAACCAGUGAAAACGAAAAAUAAAUCUAAAUAAAAUAUAAUUUCUAAACAUA